AUGCUCAACCUUCCGAUCCGUUCCAGUAGGAGCAGCCCGCGGAAUCAGGACAGCAGGAAUUAUUUCACCAAUUAUACGCCGCCGUCGUCGACCGAGGCCAUCAAUGGACCGGUGCGGGAGCUUGUCCCGGUCAAUGACCGCCUUAUAGUCGGUGUCGACUUUGGGACUACCUUUUCUGGCGUGGCCGCAGUAUACACGUCGACACCGGAUGAUAUAGAGAUCAUCAAGACGUGGCCGGGCGGCAAUGGCAUCACAUCAGACAAGGUCCCCACCGAGAUCUCGUACGACCUUGCCCCCGACGCGCCGGCAGACACCGUCCCCAAUGUGAAAUGGGGGUUCCAAUUCAAGCCCGAAGAGUCGCGGCUACGAUGCAUAAAGCUGUUCCUGGAUCGGGCGCAAAAGCUACCCUUCUAUGUCAGUCCCCAGGAGACGGCGACGGCGCUCAGGAGGUACAACAAGAAUGUCGUCGACGCCGUCAGCGACUACCUGACGCAGAUCUACAAACACAUCAUGGAUACUCUUACCAGACGAUACGGCGAGUCCUUCAUGGCAUCGACGAAGGUGGACUUUGUGCUUACCUGCCCCGCCGUCUGGUCCGAUGCUGCGAAGAAUACGACGUUGCAGGCUGCCGAAAGGGCGGGCAUGGGGGCUAAGUCGGACAUCCAGAUGAUCAGCGAGCCCGAAGCGGCCGCUGUCUAUACCCUCAAGGCCAUCCAACCGAACAACCUCAACAUUGGUGAUAACUUCAUCGUGUGUGAUGCUGGUGGCGGUACUGUGGAUUUGAUUGCUUACAAGAUUAUAUCUUUGAAACCUUUGCGGGUAGAAGAGUCGGCUGUCGGUACUGGCGGACUUUGUGGGAGCGCCUUUCUAAACUAUCGAUUCGAGGAACAUGUUCGAAGCCGCCUCGGCCAGAGUCGAUUCGACGAGAUGAAGAUCAAGAAGCCCAGGGCGUGGCAGAUGGGCCUUCGGUACUUUGAGGAAUUCGUCAAGCGGAACUUCAACGAAGACGAGCACCAAGAAGUCAACGUGCCGUUCCCCGGAUUGCCUGAUGAUGAAGAAGCUCAAAUCGAGUCUGGCUUCCUCGUGUUGACCGCUAGUCAAAUCAAGGACAUCUUCAAGCCAGUAGCCAAAGAAGUGUGUGACCUCGUCCAAGGCCAAGUCAACACGAUCCGGGGCCGCGGGGGCAUCGUCUCGGGCAUCGUCCUCGUCGGCGGUUUCGGACAGAGCGACUACCUGUACCGACAGCUAAAGACGCACUUCACGAGCGUGGCGCCGCCGCCGUACACGGAGCGGCCGGCGCACGAGCUGGCCGAGAACGGGUCCAUCGAGGUGAUGCAACCCGUGUACGCGUGGACGGCCGUGGUGCGAGGCGCCGUCCUCCGCGGUCUCGAGGGAAAUAUGGUCAUCUCGCGCAAGGCUCGCAUGCACUACGGUACUUCUUAUGCGACUGUGUAUGACGAAGACAAGCACAACGUUUCGGAACGGUAUUGGAGUCCCCUGUGGGAGCGGUGGAUGGUGUCCGAUCGGAUGCAGUGGCACAUUGCCAAGGGCGAAGCCAUCUCGCCCCUAUCACCCAUUGCAUUCCACUACACUCGCAAUUUCCGACCGGGUCAGUCGCUCAUCGUCACCGAUGACCUGAUCGCGUGUGAGGCCGAUGAGCCGCCCGUCGCCUACAGUCGCGAGCUCGUCCACGUGUGUACGCUGACUACCGACUUGAGCGCCGUUCCAAGGAGCCUGUUUACGAGACUUACGACGACGAGGGGGGUUGAGUUUGAUAACCUUGACUUCACGCUCGAGAUGAUUGUUGAUAGUGCGGGGUUGGGUUUCGAGUUGAAGGUUGAUGGAGUUAGGUAUGGUCGUGUGGAGGCUGAGUUUCAUUGA